ACGUCACACCCGCUCAGCUUCCGGUUCCGUUUCGGCCCGCGCGCCAAAAGAGACAGUUUGAACGUCCGUUAUACGUCCUAGUUCCAGCCAAACGAUGCCGCUGACAUCGUGACAGACGGCGCGUGAACGCGGCUGCUUGUUGGACGAGGAGCUACAGGGGAACGGUGACUUUUACUAUGAAGUAUAAAUAUGAUAUUAACUAGGAUACGCUGGUACAACCGACUAUAAACGUGAAGCCAUGACCGUCUGAUACUCCCAAGGGUUCAGGUCACAUCCCUUCACUAUGUGGACGAACCCCAGUCAGGAGGCCUUGAUCAGCCAGGUGUUUGAGACCUAUCUGACCGAUCAUCAUCAUGGGGACAUCGCGCAGCUGCUUGCAGACACCAGCGAAGAGGCCCAUCGCUCUGUGCUGGUUAAUGCCAUGACUUUGUUUGAAGCCAAUAUGGAGGUUGGAGAUUAUUUCAACUCCAAUCCCGACGAUGUCUUGGCUCUCUUUGAUAAAGUGUUACAUAAAAAAGCACUGGAGUUAUCGAGUUAUGGAGGACAAAGAACAGCGAAAAUGGGACCCACUCUUCAUGCACGCAUCACAGGUCUGCCAGUGUGUCCGGAGCUGACCAGAGACACCAUUCCCAGGUCCAGAGAUGUAGGACACUUUCUGUCUGUCACUGGUACUGUCAUACGCACCAGUGUUACCAAGGUCUUGGAAUACGAGCGUGACUACAUGUGCACAAAGUGUCGGCACGUUUUCACGGUGCAGGCUGACUUUGUCCAGUUCUACAUCUUCGUCCCACCGGAGAGCUGUCCUAAUCCUGAAGGCUGUAAUUCCUUCAAGUUCAGCUGUCUGUCUGGAGGGUCAGAGCCUCCUUUCUCCAAGACUUUCCGAGAGAUUAAAAUCCAAGAGCAGGUGCAGAGGCUGUCAGUGGGCAGUAUCCCUCGCGCCAUGCUGGUGGUUCUGGAGGACGACCUUGUUGACAGUUGUAAGUCUGCAGUCGAUGUGCCUGUUUAUGGGGUGAUGUACCAGCGCUGGAAGCCCUUUUAUGAUGGAACCUGCUGUGAUGUUGAGCUGGUCCUUAAAGCGAACAACAUAGAAGUGAGCAACCAGCAGGCGUCUGCUUCUCAUCUCAUGAAGGAUGUUCAGAAAGAGUUUGAUGACUUCUGGAAUAACUACAAACAUGAUCCCAUAGCUGGUAGGAACGCAAUCCUGUCGAGCUUGUGCCCACAGGUAUUUGGCAUGUUUGUGAUCAAGCUGGCGGUUGCCAUGGUCUUGGCCGGUGGUGUGCAGAGAGUAGAUUCUUCUGCGACCAAGAUCAGGGGCGAGUGUCAUAUGUUGCUGGUCGGGGACCCUGGUACAGGAAAGUCUCAGUUCCUUAAGUAUGCAGCGAAGAUCGUGCCUCGCUCUGUACUCACAGCUGGAAUUGGCUCAACAAGUGCAGGACUGACUGUAGCAGCGGUGAAGGACGGAGGGGAUUGGCAUCUGGAAGCAGGAGCCCUGGUCCUGUCAGAUGGUGGUUUGUGCUGCAUUGAUGAGUUCAACAGCAUCAAGGAGCACGACCGCAUCAGCAUCCACGAAGCCAUGGAGCAGCAGUCUAUUAGUGUGGCCAAAGCUGGUAUGGUGUGUAAACUGAAUACUAGAACCAGCAUCCUGGCAGCUGCCAACCCCAAAGGCCACUACGAUCCCAACCAGCCGCUCUCCGUGAACGUGGCUCUGGCCAGCCCCUUGCUGAGCCGCUUUGACUUGGUUUUAGUUCUGCUGGACAACAGGAACGCAGAGUGGGACCAGAUCAUCUCAACUUUCAUUCUGGAGGACCGAGGGCUUCCUGCUGAAUCUGCCAGCCUGUGGUCCAUGGAGAAAAUGAAGGCGUACUUCAGCGUGAUUAAACGCCUCCAGCCUCAGCUGUCUGAGGAGGCCAACAUCAUCUUAACACGCUACUACCAGCUACAGAGACAAAGUGAUGACCGCAACGCUGCCCGCACCACCGUCCGCAUGCUGGAGAGCCUGAGCAGACUGGCUGAAGCUCACGCCAGGCUCAUGUACAGACAGACCGUGACCAUAGAGGACGCAGUCAUGGCGGUCUCCGUCAUGGAGUGCUCCAUGCAGGGUGGAGCUCUGCUGGGGAAUGUGAACGCGUUACUCACCGCAUUCCCUGAUGAGCCCAGUCAGCAGUAUCAGAUUCAGUGUCAGAAGUUGCUCGGAGGGCUGAACCUGCCACUGCUCCUUCGGAAGGAGAUGGACAGGCUGAACACCUCGGAGGCCUCCCGCGUGGACCCACCAACCGAUCAUUCCCAAUAUCAACUCGGAGACCCAAAUGCCAUCGGAAAAAAACCCUGCCAGGGAAUCCGCGGUAACAAUAGUGACGUCACACCGGACAGUGGCUUAGACUGGUUCCACUCCAUCACUUCGUCGCCAGAUGGCAUGACCUCGUCCGUUAUCACGUCAGCUCCAGAAAACCUCCACAGAACAGCAACCAAACGGUCGAGUGCUGCAACUGAGAAUGAGUUGCUAUGUAACACUAGCCCAUUAUUGAAACACGAUGUGGUUUCACACCCAUUUGGAACAAUUACCUCUGCCGUUUCCCAAGAAAUGAAAGAACGAAGCUCUAUAGUCCAAAAGAAGAGGAACGCGUCUGAGGGUCUCGAGCUGAAUGAUCGGCCUGGAGAGAAGGUGGUGACUGGAGAUUCAAGUGAAGAUGUGAUUGCGGUUGUAGAUUCCCACACUAGCAGCUCUUCAGCUAAGAGCCCCUUGAGGAUCGUAGUUCAGGGUAACCUACCGUCUGACAAAGACAGAAGAUUGGACAAGAAGGACGAGAAGGACCAGACAGGAGAUAAGAACACACGUACUGUACUAAAAGAAAAGAUGGCAGCUGAAACUAAAACUGGUGAAGAGCUGCAUGCUAAGUUGUCAAAAUUUGUUUUCAAAUCAAGGAAGAUGAGGCCUUCAAUCAACCACAGCCUCAGCGCUGGCUCAGCGGUUACUGCAGACAUCCAAACUGCGAGUAACUCGGGUAGCAAUCCUCAAAAGCCACUUUGUCGACAAGAAUCAGCCGAUCCACUUACAGACAAAGAGAGAAAGAAAAGAACGCAGUACCUAAAUCUGUCAAAAGGCAGAAACGGUAGUAAGCAAGUGAGCUGUAUCACUGAUGUGGGAGAGCGAAGGUCUAAUGCGACAUCUCUGUGCCUAGAACAAAGACCCAGAGUUAACACAAGCGAUGGGACUCUGGUAAAACCAAAUGCGUUGGUUAAUGAUCCAGCGUCUUCCAAGUCCGCUGUGGCCUCUUCUACCCUGUCCAAACUCGCAAGAUUCUCAUUUACUUGCCCGACUGAAGCCAAAGUGGAAACAAAUCGUCCUCCUGAAGUAGAAAAAAGGCCCGGUCAGAUUGAUGGUGCUGAACACUCAAGAGCUAAUUCAAAAUACCUGCAAGAGCUCGUUUUAAGGGGAAAAGUCGAGGAUACAAAGCUGCCCCCCGGACGGGGACGUGACCGGUGGACAGAAUCACUGCCCUCUGGCGCUUUGAUCCACAGGAGGAGCGUAGACAUGGCAAGUGAGGGCCCGGUUGCCCAUCACAGUAAUGGCAAUCUGAAGAAGAGAAAGUGUUUUGGGCUGGGCCCUUCCAGCAGUGUCGGUGCUGCCAGGGGUCCAUUCACAGGGCUGUCACUGUUUGACUCUGCAGAGUUAAGUAAUGACAUUUUCAGCACUGACUGGGAUCAAGAGGUUUCAAAGAAAGCCAAAAUCUAAAACCAUAAUCUACUGUCAAAAUGUGUAUUCUUGGACAACAAUGCAGUCACGUUUUGCUAUGUGGCACAUUCUUUUUUCUGAUAUGAUUUGAUUAUCUCUUAUAGAAAUAAACCUGCUAAAUUUGAUUAGGUGGAAUUGUUUUCUUUCUGCAUCUUCUUACAGUAUACUUGGGCCAAAAUGUAUCAAUGCAUUAUCAUCAUUUUAAACGAUUUGGCCUACAAAUUCCAUACAUUACCUAUUUUUGUACAUUGAUUCUGGAAAACAAUGUAUUUCAUCAUGCUGAAGUAAAUAAAGUAUUUUUACUGUA